GAAAAUUGAUCAAAUCGAAGAUAGUUCGUUUGAUUUUGACCAGUUCUCAUCAUUUUCAGCGAAAUUUUAGAAAUAAAUGUGAGAUGAGACAAAAAUUGUACAGAAUAAAGGCAUCAUUAACAACUCUAUUGUAGAAACUCUCUGCGCAUCCAAUGAACGAGAGAAUAUUAAGUUCUGUUGUAAUGAAUUAAAUGACAUAAGAAGGAUGACUUUUACGAAAGUGUAUCUCCUACCUCUUUCCUUUGUCGCUAUCCUCUUUAUAACCUUUGCGACCACAUUUACUAUAUCUGUCAGACUCAAACACGUGACACCAAUCUUUCCUUACAUAAGCGAUACAGGGACAAAACCACCAGAAAGUACAAUUUUUGGACAAAUGCUUAACGUUUCCAGUGUCAUCAUUUUCGUUUGUUUGCAUUUGAGAUAUUUACAAGUGAACGAAAUACUUCGAGAUCCAAAUUUACCUCAUCACCAAGAAAUAAGUCGUUUAAAUCGAAUUUGCUAUUCAUUGUCCUUCUUUGUAAGUUUGGGAUUAUCCAUCGUGGCAAAUUUUCAGGAAACUGUACUUUUUCCUAUUCACAUUGCUGGGGCAUGUUUAUUGUUUACGGGAGCAAUUACCUACAAUUGUAUUCAAGUAAAAAUGUGUUUUAAGUUAAUCCCACGUUUCUGUUCUCUAAAACUUGCAAAAAUCAGAUUGUUUCUCUCUGUUUUACAAGUAUUAACGGGCGUAAGUACUGGAGUAUUUAUGAUGAAAUCUCUCAUGGUUUUUAACAAACCAAUACAGCAGAUUCCUCUAUGGACUCCCGAAGAUGAGGGUUACCAAUAUCACGUGGCGAGUACAAUUUCUGAAUGGAUCCUCGUAACUGCCAAUGCUGUAUCGGUAGGAACAAAUUACGAAGAAUGUAAAACUGUAAUUCUUAUACCACCUAAAAAUGUGAAAUCCGAGCGAACGGCCUCCAGGAAUUCUACGCUAGUGAUCUUGUCCCGGCUCCUGGGUGGACUUGGCCCAACUCGCAACAGCUGUGUAAGAAAGGCACAUUUUAGUAUUUACAGGAAGAGCCAAAAAUGAAAAAGCAAACCUAAUUGAAUAUUAAAACUUUGUUGACUAUUAUUAAUUUUACAAAUAAAAUGGUUAACUAGAACUUAUGAAACAGUCUUAUUAUACUCGCAGUGAAUUUAAUUAACUGUUUAUUUAUCAAAUACGCAUUUCGGCCUGUCUGGCCGUUUACAAUUCUAUUUUACAAAUAAUAAUGGCAAUCCAAAAAACAGAGCUUACGAUAACAAACGUUAAUUAAAUUCGCUGCGAGUAUAAUAAGUCUGAUUUGUUGGUUCUAGUUAACCAUUCUUUUGUAAAACUUAUCAAGUUUAGCGCUUUACUGUUUACUAUUUUCUUUUACGAUUGAUAUAAAUUUACUGGUAUAUCGUCAUCUCUGUAUAGUGAUGUACAGUGAAAGUUAUUUCUGGGAACGAAAUCUCAAUCUAUGCGCAAAGAUUAUGCAAGGUUCGAUUUACGACGCCCCAAAAGUGUAAUGCACCAUUUUGAACCACCCGUUCAAAACGGAAACCAGCCAAACCGGACAAAAUAUUCGGUACAGUACGAGUCCGAUUUCACAAGUUUUACUGUACAUACAGGGUGGCCAUAAUUAAAGUUUUCUUGUUCAGAGCACUCUGUAGCCGAAAUCAAUAAACGGA